UAUCCUCAUUCGGGGGUCAAGGUGGACAGUAUGGACGACAGUUCAUCGGGAUAUGAAUCUCUAACAACCGAUAUUACUCGUAAGGCUGCCGAACAGAAACAAGCUAAAAUUCAAAUGCCCAUUUUAACAAAACAAACUAAAAUGGAGCUCGAUGAAGCAGCAAUGACUGAACCCGCAAGUGUUGCUGACUACAUUUCUAGACCAGUUGAGUCUUCACCCGAAAAGGGGACCCGCAAAGACGAAGACGUGGGUUUCAAGACUCCCCUUGCUGACAACUUAUCUCGACCAGUUGGGUUUUCACCUGACAAGGGGACCCGCAAAGACGAAGACUUGGCUUUCAAGACUCCUGUUGCUGACAACUUAUCUCGACCAGUUGGGUUUUCACCUGACAAGGGGACCCGCAAAGACGAAGACUUGGGUUUCAAGACUCCCGUUGCUGACUACUUAUCUCAACCGUUCGAGUCUUCACCUGAAAAGGGGACCCGCAAAGUCGAAGACUCGGGUUUCAAGACUCCCCCUACCGGUGACCCAGUUACGCCUGUUGAUCAAUCUUUUGUUGAAGUGGCAGCUCAGUUAAAUAAUAAUUCAAAGAUUCAAGAAAAAGAUGAUUUGGUAGUGGCUGAAACGCCCUUAGAACAAACAGUUAUUAACGAGACUGAUCCAGCGAACAAUCAAUUGUCUAAAGAAAUCGAGGUUCAAAAGUCGGGUUUAAAAACUCCAAAAUCGGAAGAAAACUUAUUACAAGAUUCUAUGAAUGGUAAAUGCCAAUAUUAUAGGAGUAGCGAUGAUCGUGUAAAUGAGCCCGUGACACCUGAACGCUAUGAGAGACAGCCUUUGCUAGCUUCGGCUCCUCCACCGCCCGAAAAAGCUUCAUGGAAGAAUUGUUGUGGAAUAUUUGAGUUGUUUUCAGGAUCCACUAGAAAUUGAUCAUAUCUAUUAAGCCAGGGAUUCUUCAGUCGUCAUUUUUUUUUUAUUUUGCAGUAGAUAGUGUCGUGAUCUUUAACGUUAUAGCACGUGCACAUUGUACCU